CGAGAACAGGCCGCACAGGCACGCACUAGCAGCAAUUUUAUAAUAGCUGCUAUUUAUAACCACAUACUUUAUAAACUAUUAAAGUUCUCCGAUAGACAGAAUCACGGACCCCAUAUACCUAGACAGCAAGUUUUUAAAGUUACCCAUACAGUUUGUUAGUAUGUCUGCUCUUCGCGUUCUCGGUUCACGACUGACUACUGCCAGUCAAGGUCAGACCCUUGCCAGGGCCACACGCCGCAUUGCUGGAUCUAGCGAUGUUAACAGUGUCCUCAGAGCCACUGGUAAGUUCCCCGAUGGUCGUCCCGUUGGCUGUGCGUUGCCGUUUCAGAUUCUGAACAAGCCACGCAUGGCUAUCACUCUGAUUGUGUGCUCAACUAUCUCCUUCGCUGUGCCCUUCAUCGCCAUCGAGUUCCAGAAGUACAAGGCGAACCGUUAAGCUGGUUGCUGUCCAUGGAUCGACAUCUCUGCCUAGCACACCAUCACUGCACACUACACACGCGUGCGUUGCUAACACACAUAUCAUGUAUGCAAGCGUAUCCUACACGGUUUUUUGAGCUCAUGCUCCUCUGUGGACAUUGAUGCGAACGUUGCCGGUCGGAAGGUGGUGUCCUUGUUGAGAUACGACACGAGGUUGUCUGUGAGAAUUAGUGAUCUGGCAACCCUUGGAUGGUCUAGAGAUGGCGUUUUUGAGAGGCGAGCUGUAGAAUUCACAAAUAAACAUGCAGUAGACUUCUCUCCCG